CGCUAGUAAGUGAGCUGUAAAUUGAGAAGAGAAAAAAUUACUUUAGUCAUCAUUGAAAAAUAUGACCACAUGGAAAUAUCAUAGGAUAGUCGGUAUCAAGGUCUUUUUGGUCCAUCCAGACAGCAGUUCAUGUUACAUGUUCUGAAAAGGUAAGUGAAAAUGUCACCUGUUGACCUCACACACACCUUCGUCGGAAAACAUCCAAAAAUAGAUGGUUGAAGAAAACCGUGACAAAUUGCAAGGUGUCAAGUUUUCUAAAUCGAUUGUUCAUUUAAUCAAGCUGAUUAUUUGGCAUUUGUUGGUUUGUGUAGUUUCCUUUUAGAUGGCUUUUGUUAUGGGCUGGGACGUGCUUUGCGUCUUGGCGGAGAAAGGAUUGGGCUUAACACAAGUCACGUGAUGCACGUCCUUGGCGUUGAUUGGCCAGAAACCUUGUGACCCCCCACGACGCCUGAAUGACAACACAGCUUGUGCUCUGUCGCAGGGCGGCCAUCAUGGCGAACCCACGCAAAUUCAGUGAAAAAAUCGCGCUCCACAACCAAAAGCAGGCCGAAGAGACGGCCGCUUUUGAGCAGAUCAUGAAGGAAGUGAGUGGCGCUACAAGAGCCAGUGCUGGGGCGCAAUACCAGAAAAUGCAGAUGGCACAGGCUCUCGGAGCAUACCGUGGCGGUUCCCUGCCGAACGUCAACCAGAUAGGGACCGGUGCCAUUGAUUUACAGGGCGCCCUGCACAGCUUAGAAGACAUCAAACGCGGAGCCCAGCCGGGGUUCGUGGACCGAAGGCCCGGCUUUGACAGGUCCCGCAUGCUAGCAGCUCAACACCGCAACAGACUGGCACCGUUUGAAAAGAGGCAGAUGGACAGCCCUCGGUAUGGAGGAGUCCAUUAUUUAUCUCCACCGGACACCAACUGGAGGAGCCAUUUGCAUCCUGUGUUGCCAGGGUCAGCUAUGUUAAGAACCAACUCGGAUUCGGCUCUACACACGAGCGCGAUGAACCCUGCACCACAGGACCCCUUCCAUCCACCCAACCAAGGCAGCCCACAGCAAGUACGCAGAUUUGGCAAUGUGCUAGAUCCACAGUUAGGUCAGAAGCCCUGGGACCCCAAAAAGCACCAGCAGGUGGGGACUGGGCGACCAAAGUCUUGUGAAGUUCCAGGGAUAAGUAUCUACCCGUCAGCGGAACAAGAGACGAAUCACCCACACAUCCCGAUCUCCAACAACACGGGCUCGCUUCCCGACCUCACCAACCUCCAGUUCCCGUCACCCCUGGCAACCCCGCUGGACGUGGAAGAUCAGACUUCCUUCAACCAUAGUAGCGGCAACACCCUGUCCACAAAUACCAUGCAACAUUUAGGCAUUAGUGCUGCGCAGCAAACACAGACCAGUCCUCAGGCCCAGAGAAGACGUCACACCCACCACUCUGCACCGAGUCCCCUCACUCUCAGUCCCCACCAGCAAAGACGAGCACAGUCACAAGUUAUACCUCCUCACAACGAAUACGACAGACCCGAUGUUGCACAUCAAGGUUUCCUAGACACGCAGGUUGACGGGUCCAUACUAAACUACCCCCUUGAUUUUGAGACGUUAACAGUAGACACAGCAGGUAACCUGACUGUGGACCCCCAGGCACAGUUGCGACAGUUCCAGCUCUUCCAACAACAGAGUGCGCAGCAGCCCCCCGGACCCCCGCCUCAACGGCACUCCCCCCCCCAACAUACCCCCUCCCCCCACCAGUCUCCACAGCACAUGCCUCAACACCAUCAGCAACAGUUCAACAUGGAUGUGGUGAUGCAGCAGUACCGGAGUCAGCCGUCAGGGGUGGCCUCAGGUCCCCCCACACCCACAUCACAGUCUCCCUCAUCCCCACUCUCCAACCAGACAUACUCACAGGGUCAGGGUCCACAGUUUGAACAGUUCAGCAUGGUGCAGGAUAAUCCCAGCACUUCACCUCUGACAACUUCCAGUAUGUCACCCAUCACCAGUAAUCCCUACAUGGGACAGACAAUGAGUGACAUGCAGUACGCCCAGGCCCAGAUCCACGGCUUGACAGGCAGCCAGGAGUUCCUCCAGCCAAACAACAACAACAAGGUCCCACCGUACCCACACACCUCGCAGGGCAACCAGGGGAUCCCUGAUAUCAUCCUCACAGGAGCGGGAGAGUCGCCGCCACGCCAGGACUUUGCCAAAGACCUGGGCAGUGCCAUGGCCAGCAUGGCCAGUGGCUUUGACUCGGACACCCUGUUUGCGGCGGACGACCCCCUGAAAGUGGGUAUAGAUCCCCUGGACCUGGAGAGCUUACAGAUGCUGACGGAACCCUCCGACAUGGUGGCAGACCCGGCCACAGAAGACUCAUUCCGGAUGGAUAGGCUGUAAGGAGUGGUGUUGGGUGACGAUGUUACAUGCUAGGUUUGUACGGGGGAGGGGGCUACAGUUUAGUAAAGUGCAUUCUGUGUUAUCUGUGAACAGGAGCUUGAAUGUGUGCAUGGCGCAGACCUUCCCUGUGGGAGGGGGAGGGGGGCGGCAUAACUUCCAUGCCGGAGUAUAGGUAGAUGUAAGGGAUGAAGGGAUCCAGUACAGUAACUCGUUAACAGUCCUAGAAUAUCACAGUAGACAAGGCUUUGAGAAGAAGCAUUGAAAUGUAUUUUUUAUGAAGAAGGUUGAUUGCAUGAGGGGCGUAUCCUGUGUUUUAUUCGUUUCUUUCGAAGACUGAUUGAACCAUGGCAGUAUAGGACAAUGGUGCAAUGUGUGAGAAGGAUAAAAGAGCCACGGUUUUAGUGAUGUCCAAGAGAAGACUGACCACCCCCCUCCCCUCUAUGUUUUGUACAUAUUAGAGAAUGAAAAUUUCCAGAAAAACGAAGAACAUUUCUGUAAUCUAAUUGUCCCAAGAGAUCUAUCUAUAGAGCAUUUGUAAAGAUACAUUGUGUAUUUCUUACCACGACAUGGAAAAAAGGCAAAUACCUGUAGAUGUUUUAGGGUUGAAGGGUUUAAAGUAACGGAUUGUACAGCUAGUUACCUGUAGUAUGUUGUAGGGAGUAGAUGAAAGAAUGGCUGUAUGAACCUGUGUGGACAGGACGGACUGGAAUCUGGUUUUUGUCGAGAUGGUUUCUAACUCGGUGCUGCGUGUUUGUCUACAAGCUACAAAGGACUGGACUCAGGAACAACUACAACAACAAAAUAGCUAUAACGAAAUAAACCAGGGACACAUGGUCCUGUGCAGCCUUCUAAGAGUGGCAUGAAUUCUAUAUGGCACAAGUCGCCGACAAAUGAUCUAUUUUUUUUAAUUGAAAAAUUCAUAGUUCUUUUAAGUUAAAAAAAGAAGCACUUGUUUAAUUUCUUCUUUGAUCUAACAAAUGCACCAGAGGUGAAAGUCUGGUUUGAAAUUGUCUAAACCGAAGACUCGGGUUCUUCUUGUGUAAAUUUGGUUUGGAAGCAUCUUGAGAGAUUUCCGGAGACGUCAUUCUUCAAAGUUGUAUAUUUUUGAUAUGUGAGGAUAUUUUGGACCGUCCGUCCUGGCCACAGCAGGCACUGAGUUGAGAUGGCAGGUUAGAGGAGACGUGUCUGCGAACAAUCGCUUCUCCUUUGUCAUUUUUAGCUGAUUUUUGGAGGAAGUUUGUACUACUCACACUUGGCAGCUCAGGACAAAAACAACAGUAACGUCAGCUGCACAGAACGCCAACAAGGAAAAAAUAUUUAGCUGUCUUAGUUUUUACAAAUGUUAGAUGGAGAUUACCAAAACCUUAUCUAGUGGAUUCUCUUAACGUAUAUUUUUUGUAUUGUACUAAUAGUGCUUGGUGCUCUGUCGACAGCCUGUGAUGCUAGCCAUGUAAUAUAACUGGCUUUGGUUAACAUGUACACAUGUUUUUGUCGGUAAAUAUGUAGUAGAUGGUUAAAAAAAGCAAUUUCCUUAUGAAGGAAAGCAUGUUGAUGACUAUGAUUUGCAGUGUAGUUGUAUAUCCAAGAAGAUAUCUCUAAUUGUUUUAUCAGCUGUGAGGUCCAUGGCUGGUCUAUCAGAUUGUAUUAUAGUGCUUUCUACCCUCAUAUCUGCUUCCCUUGCAGCUAUUAACACAAAAAUUGCUGUACAUGUUCCUUUGUGGAAAGAAAAAUCUAUGAGACAAUAACAAUUUAUAAAAAAUCUAACACAGAAAAAAAAAUUUGUAGCGUGUCCGCAGACAUGAGCUGUUUGUGUAGAAGACGGUAGACAUACCCACCCGCUGACAUGUCUGGUGUAUGCUGUCAGUUGUGGCCUGAACAGCAGCUGUGUUGCGUACAUGUCUAUUGGUAGUACAAUGCCUGUGCUGUACCCCUGUCACACGUGUCAAGACCUUGGAAGGCUGUUGUCAUCCUUGCUGACUGAACCCCAUACAUACUUUGUAGAGCGAAAAAGGGCUGCGUCUUCCAAGGAUGUUCGUCGUACAUGUCGUGUUUGAGCCCUUACCCGUCACCCCUCUUACUCCACUGUCAAGUCUACACUCAAGUACACACAGCAAAAAUAGGGCAAGGAGGGAUAUUGUCAUAGUAUUGUGCCAGUCAAUCUUCACUUUUUUUCUCUCCAGUAUUUGUGUGAUAAAUUUUUUUGGAUGCAUUCAAAUUCCUUCUGAGACACCUGCAAACCCAAGUGCAAUCCAAGUUUCUGUCCAACAUCUUGAGACAAAUUUUGCACAGAAGCAAGGGGGAAGGAAGACGUGAGUUUUCAUCUGGAAACCUGGAAAGGUUUUCUGUAUUUUACCUGAAAACAGGUUAUUUGAAAUGUUACAUCGAAGACACUGCCACAAACUACGAUCCAUGACAAAAUUCACAGCGCAGUAAACUGCUUGCAAAAGUCACCUAAACAUUGUCCAUUUUAUUGCACAGUUGUACCAACAGUACCAAGGUUGGACAGCAGUCUUCUGAAGGUGUUGGCAGUCCAGAAAUAAGUCACUCUUUUACUCUACAGUCAAGAUUUCCAGUUCUACAUUUUCACCUCUAUGGAAAGAGUUUGCUCUGGGGGUUACAAUAUGAAAAAUGGUGGGUUGUGUUGCAUGAGUAUGACUGCAAUAAGUUGGUUCAUUUCAACACCUCCAAAAACAAAAUAGGGCUUGAACAAGUGAUGAUUUUACCCCUGGUGUAGUUUGAAUAGUUUGUUGUUCUUGUCAUUGUCCAGAGUAGAAGGUGUACAUGUACUAUUCUACUUCUACAACCUUCUAUUCUGUUGUGAUGAGUUGUGAUCACUAUAUAUCAGUGGCCUGCCCUGGUCUUGAGUUAUGUAUGCUCGGCAGUGGUGGCCAAACUAGAUUGGCAGUCGACUGAAAGGCUGUGUCGCCAUUUCAAAUUCUUAGAUUGAUUACCAACAAAAUCAGGACAACCACUCCUGAAAAAUAUAAAUUCAUUUUAUUUAUUCCAUGAGUGUUAUUUUCCAUCUGUAUCCUUUGACUUUACUAUUACUAUUGGUGUGGGCAAUACAUAAAGUACUGGAAAAGUUUACAUGUUAAUUGUUUUAAAUUUUAUGUUGGAUAUGUGUAUUUAAAGAAAUGAAUAUCUACCACAGAAAGUGUAUGAAAUGAUUUUAGAAUGAAGCAAGGGCAGUCUUUCCCCUCUACAGAAGUUUUGUAAUUAUAUACAGGUAUUAGUGGAUAAUUCAAUUAUCACUUGGAGCCAAUCACGUUUGGACACCAUCUGUGAGAUGUAAGAAAUGUUCUGGAUAUUGUCUACAAUGUAUAUCAGUGAGCUUGCUGUAGUGUGCUACUUGUCAUUCCAAGGGCUAUUCCAUUCAACAAAAGGGGUGAGGAAAACUAAAACUUCCUUCAUAAUGGCUGUGCUGAGGUGCACAAAUGAUGGAAAUAUUAUUGUGAUGGACUGGAAAUUUACAGGACAAAAUAUGAAAUUUAUCUUUGAAGUGGAAGUCUUUAUUUAAAGGCAUUGAUGGAAGAAUUGAUGUUUUAAAAGUGGGACGAGAAUAAUGAGAAAUGGAGAGAAGUACACAGACUUUACUACCACCCCAUGCAGUUGGUAAUGGAAUAGCCCUGAUUUCAGUGCCCAGCGCCUGACUGCCGGUUGAAUGACCAGUCUGGUGCCGUGUUGUGAAGGGCGGUCUUACUACAUGUCCCGUUAUUUUUGAUACAGGGCCACUCCAUUGUACCACGCGUACUGUUCAGAGCAACAUUGUCUGUUGUAACUUACCGCGUACAUGGCAAAUCCGGGUGCAUGAUUUUGUCUAUAACUGACCCCUUGUAAAAGUCAAUAAAAAUUUACAUUU